UAAUUCUGAGAAACCACAGGCUAUACCGCUGUCCGCCUCUGCAACACAUAUAUAUGAAUUCUAUGUAGAAUAUUUUAAGAAGUAGAUCGUUUCUAUUGGACGCGGGGAAAAGACGCAGUUUUCGGUUUGCGCCGCGUUUCUCCGGAUCACUUUCAGGCUACCUGGCCAACAACAAAAUGCAAGAGUUUCACCUGAACAACGAUACUUGCACUAAUGGGUCUGUGCUGAUGUUGCGGUGUGGCUCCCAGACUGCUGUAUGUUUAGUCACCGCAGAUCCAACUGUCAUCCUUACACACCUAAACAGCAGCUUACAAACAACAGAUCUGCGGACAUACAGUUCUUACAACAUGUGGCUGGGGUUGACCCUGGCUUUGCUUUCCGCCUUCCUGAUUGGUGGUAGUGUCAUCCUCAAGAAGAAAGCUCUCCUUCGAUUGGCCAUCAAUGGACACACCAGAGCAGGUGAUGGCGGAUAUGGCUACCUUAAGGACUGGCUGUGGUGGGGAGGACUCUUAACUAUGGGAGCUGGAGAGGUGUGCAACUUUGCGGCCUACAUGUUUGCUCCGGCCACGCUGGUGACUCCGCUAGGAGCACUUAGUGUCCUCAUCAGUGCAGUUCUCUCAUCCCACCUGCUGGGGGAGCAGUUGAAUGUGGUGGGAAAGCUUGGUUGCCUUCUGUGCCUACUGGGCAGCGUUCUGUUGGUAAUUCAUGCUCCACAAGAACAGGAAGUAACAUCUCUACAGGAUAUGACCAAUAAGCUGCUGGAGCCAGGUUUCCUGGCCUACAUUGUGGCAGUGUUGGUUCUGUGUGCGGUCCUCGUGUUGUAUUUCUGUCCCCGGUAUGGUCCUUCUAACAUCCUGAUCUACAUAAGCAUCUGCUCAUUGCUGGGAGCUUUCACUGUGUCCUCUGUGAAGGGCCUGGCCAUCGCCAUCAACACCGUGGUUUAUGACAUAUCUGUGCUCACCAACCCUCUCACCUGGAUCCUGCUUCUCACCCUCAUUGUUUCCAUAGUAACACAGGUGAACUAUCUAAACAAGUCUCUGGAUACCUUCAACACCCUGCUGGUGUAUCCCAUCUAUUAUGUCCUCUUCACCUCUGUGGUCCUGUCCACCUCCAUCAUCCUCUUCCAGGAGUGGAGCAGCAUGUCUGCUGUGGAUGUUGUCACAACACUGGGUUCGUUCCUGGUCAUUGUGGUGGGUGUGGCCAUGCUGCACUUGUUCAGAGAGCUGCAGAUUACAAUGAAGGAGCUGUCCAAUCAGCUUUCUCAGCCAGUGGAGAGGGAGGGUCUUACAGAAGAGAUCACAGCCAGUGGAAGAGGAAGGAGGAAUAAAAAGGAGGAUAAAUAUGGAUUGAUUGACAAUGUAGUGAUAGAAAGUUUACCUCCUAUGAGAGAAGAGGGACCCAGAGUCUUCAUCAUCAGCUGAAAGACAGAAAAUGUUUGUGUACUCAUUAUUACUGAUAGUUCAAGCACUUUUUCAAACUUUUGGACCUCUGGUUUGCUGGAUUUUCAGUUUAUUCUGUUGGUCCACCUAAUCUCACAUGGCAGUGUAAUAUAUGCUGCUGCCCUCUGAAGGUGCUUACACCUCGGGGCUUAUUCCCAGUUCUUUAUACCUAGAGCGAUCACUCUUUGAAUAACUCUUAUAGAACAUGAGUCUUAGACAACACUUUAACAAUAUUUAUUCUAAGUUUAGCAGAGAAAUGGUACAAUUAGAGCACUGUAGCUCAAGUUGUCCUAUGUGUCAAAAAAUGAUAAUGAGCCAAAAAAAAAAAAAAAAAAAACUGAUUCUUGGUAUACCUCAAUAUAAUGUGUCCACCAGGUGGAUUGUUAGCUGUUGUGUGUCAUCAUUUGACACUCCAAUCAUAUCACAAAACCUGCCAUAGUUCCCUGCUGCAAGUUUAACUUCAGGAUGCAAACAUGCUUCCUCUUUAUCAAGCCUGGCCCUUGAGAAAAGGAAUUAUAUUAUUUGUUAUAAAUGUAGGCUGUUAUAUCUAAUUAGUUGCUUUGUAUCUUCCCAUUCUCUUUCCCUAACCUUGUGACUUACAUCAUGAAGAUGAUAACUUGCAUCUCUGCUUCAACUAAUAUGACUGUUUAGGGAAUGUAAUCAAAACAUUUCAAUUUAUGCCUUAUAGUAUUAUACUAUGGGUAGGUAAAACUAUAAAAUUUACGCAGAAGUAUACACAUCUGUUAUACUUAAAAACGUAGGUAUUUUUAUUGUUUAACAAACAUUUUUAAGAAGGAGAAAGAUUAAUCCUAAUGACUGUAUUCAGAGGUACAGUCCAAGUUGCCCUUUUUAAUUUGAAAAACUUAUCUUUUAAAUAGGCUUUAAAAAAGACUUACUGUAUCUUCUUUCUCUUCUUCCUAUGACUUUAUAUAUUAAACAUAACACCGCUGCCACAACCUACUUUGGUGAUUUAGAGAUCAAUUAAGGGAGGAGGUCUAUUUCCUCAUUCUUCUGCAUAUUACUUUGCUGCUUUUUAACAAACCACUAAGAUGUUUAGAGGACAUCUUAGAACCAACUUGGAAGUGUUUUUCUUAAAGGGACGGAAACCAGGUUGUAUCAGCUAAGGCCGCCGUCAUGGACAGAUCCAUGUAGUGUUUUAAGGAUUCAAAAUAACCAUUUAUUGUUAAAGUAAAUGACUAUUAUAUUAAGGUAGUUUGAAUACAACCGGUAUCCAGAAAUCACACUUACUCUAGCUGCCAAACCCUAUAAACAGGACAAUUUGUUAUUCCAUUGUAGUCUGUGUUUCAGUCUCCUUAUAAGCUUUUGGACCAUCUUUCCAGAAAAGAUUCCUCCAUUACAAACGUUAUCCCCCCCCCCAAAAAAAGAAAGAUAAAGUGACGAUAUUACAACUUCUCAUUGGUUUCCACUUCUGAGAUUCCAGGCUGGAGGAAACAUUCCAGAUGCGGAAGAAAUUGAAUAGAUUAUUCUGAAAGCAUUGCAAAAAUAGCUGAAACCACAUCCUCCACAAUGUUUUAAAGAGGGGGAUUAUUUUAAUGCUUGCCUUUAAUUAGUUAGUUUUAAUUAGGAUUAAACAUUGUUGUAAACAUAUUUUUGAUGUUUAGAUCCAUUUAAAUUUCUACAAAUGUGAUAUCAGGUCCCAGAGAGCCUGAUUUUUAUUGGUUUUUACUUUUAAGAUUAGUUGACCAAAAAGUCUGCAUUAGGUAAAAGAUUCCAUUAAAAUGAAACAGCAAUGAUCAUUUUGAAUAAUUCAUGAUUUCAAAGAGGGAAUUCUGUAAAGCGUUUCAAACUAUUGAAGCUUUAAUCAAAAUACAAUUUGCCACCUCUGACAUUUACACUUGUUAAGGGAGUCUGAGCAAAGUUUUUACUAGUUUCGUCUAUGAGCCUGUGUUUUCUGUAAGUUAAAGCUUGCUGCGGUCUUACCUGGAGCCCUUGAAUUUAUUAACUACAUUUUUUUAUUUCUUCAAACUUAAGAGAGAAAUAGCAUAUUGGUAAUCAGUAAUACUUGAAUGUUUAAGUUUUUUAGUUCCUAGUAGUGCCUGGAAAUCAGUGGAGACUCCUAUAGUUUUUCCAUCUUUACAGUAUGUUCCUCUGAGCUGAAGACUGGAGUAUAUGAAGCAGACAAAACAGUCAGGAUAUAAGUUCAAGUUGAGUUUGUUAGGACAGGUCAUCUGUUAUUGACAGAUGCUAAUACAGAUGGUUUAUGCAAAUAGCUGAAUACCGAUAUCAGAGGUCAGCCUAAUUAAUGGUGAGCUGUUUAUCUGCAGCAUUGAAUGAGCUGAGAUUCUUAUGCUAGUCGAAAUGUUCUGCUAUGAAGUCGGCUGGUUUUCAAGUAUCUGGACUCAGACUACCUGCUGUACAGAUUACAGCAGGUGUGGACCUCAUCAAUUUACAGAGUGAAAGAUUAUAUAUUGAUCCAAACCGUAGAGCCAUGGUAGAUCAAAAACUUUUGAUAAAGAUUGUGAAACUUGACUGUUUGCUGCUGAAGACAUUUCAGUUUAUGAAGCUCAAGGGAACCAAAGAACAAAAAUGUAGGUUUCAGAUAUAACCUGAAUUGUUUUCUCCUCCUAAUCAUUUCAGUCCAAAUAUGUUUUGUCUGGAAAAAGAUCAAACUGGUUAUAUAAUGUUCAAAUCUUUUGAGAACUUUGUUAAGAAAUAAAACUGAUUUAUCUAAA